AUGGAAAUUGCAAACCGACUUCAUUCACGUAAAGGGGCUACGACUGUGAUCGUCAUUAGCAAAGGAGCUUGUAUGACCCCAGCAGAUUCACACUGCGACCCAUUCUCUUCUGCUCCACAGGCGGCCGUAAGGGUAGCGGUGAACGAACUUCCGUGGGUCCGAUUCCGGCUGGUAGACCUACUAUUUGGUGAGAGCGAUAAUCAUCUCGGGUUGCUCGAAUCAGAACUCUGCAGAGGUCGGCUUCGCUGUGAUGAAAAUGUAGUAGCCUUGCGCCCUGAAGGAGUAUUCGUGAAACGGCUGAUCCUCCUUAACCCUGAAGAUGAAGGGUGCGAGGGUUGCAAGCCUGUACAUAUAAUGCCCGCACGGUGUGGCCGUUAUCUUGCCGAACCCGAUCCCGGAGGCUCACUAGAUGGCAUUAAGUUCCGUCAAUGUGUUCCCCGAUCAGAUGUCCUUGGAGCCGAAGACGUGAGCAUGGACAUCCACUACGCAGGUUUAAACUUCAAGGACGUUAUCAAUAGCUUGGGCCUAUCGAAUGAAGUUGCGGUUUCCGAGUCUCUUUCAGGGCUCACCCUCGGGGUGGAGGUGUCAGGCACUGUCUCUGCUGUUGGUGAAAAGUUUCUUUUUAAGCCCAAGUCGCAUGACCUAGCACAAGCUGCUGCCGUUGCUGGGGCCAUGUCAGCUGCAUAUUCCGCACUUGUAUAUUUGGCCAAACUCACAGCAGGAGAAAGUGUGCUGGUUCACGCCGCUGCCGGUGGUGUACGGAUGGCGGCGAUUCAGAUUGCACACGAACUUGGAGCACAUGUAUAUGCAGCUGCUGGGAGACCCGAACGGCAUAAAGCUGUUGCAAACAUGCUAGGCGUUCGGGGGGUAUUUGAUUCCCAUUCAGUGUCAUUCCGUGAUGCAGUCAAAAAGGCCACAAAUGGACAUGGAGUUGAUGCGGUGUUAAACUCGCUAGCUGAUGAGCCCCUAGCCGCACCUGCCGAAUGCCUGGCACCAAGUACGCGGCCUGUAGAGAUGCUGACAGAUGAGUAUAAAAUAUCGAGCUUGUCAGUCAAUCAGGGCCUAAAUCAGCAGACAGCAGAGCAACAAUCGAGUAUUUACGAAGACGAGGAGUUGAAGUUUGGGUUGAACUCGCACACCACAACUGAUAACUUCAGAAGAAUCUUUGAUCCCAAAGAAAAAGGCGCGUGGCAUCUUCUCACAAAAAGCAUGAAGCUGGAAUUCUUUGUCCAUAUAUGA